AUGGCUGAACAACCCUACGACCCAUAUAUCCCAUCCGGCUCAUCUGGUGCCGGUGCCGAUAGAAAUGCUGCACACAGCGGCAAUCAGAGGACGGCCGCGCUGCAGGCGCAAAUCGAUGACACCGUCGGUAUAAUGCGCGAAAAUAUCAACAAGGUCUCGCAACGUGGCGAAAAUCUCGAUGCCCUGCAGGACAAGACAGACGGUCUUGCCACGUCGGCCCAGGGAUUCCGCAGGGGCGCCAACCGUGUGAGGAAACAAAUGUGGUGGAAGGACAUGAAGAUGCGAGUGUGUCUGGUCAUCUGCGUUAUCAUCUUGCUUGUAGUCAUCAUUGUUCCAGCCGUUGUGACCACCACUAAAUAA